UGGUGACGAUCACACGGGCCUAUCGCCAUCUGAGGCGUUGAUUUGUUUUCUGCAAACGUGAGUCUGGGAGUUUCAAAUGGGUGUGUUUUCCGACGUGCACUAACUGUUUGUAAAACUUCCAAACCCAUACGAAUAUCACUUCCCUCCAGCUUUCUACCGUUUUGCUUUCUUUACUGUGGCCUGCUCUUACCUCAAUUGCACAAAUCUUGGUCUCAGCGAGGGAUCUAGGCCCGAAACGUCAGCUUUCCUGCUCCUCUGAUGCUGCUUGACCUGCUGUGUACAUCCAGCUGCACACCGUGUUAUCUCGGAUUCUCCAGCAUCUGCCGUUCCGGUUUUCUCAGCGACUCUGCACCGCACUCGUGGAUGAUCACGUGGUUUUCACUGAUCCCGCCCUCCCUUCAUUCUGAUUGGGCGACAUCCGUCCGGUCAUGCACGGCACACCUGUGCUCCUAUUGGUCGCGCACUGACAUCAAUCAGCCAGACUUCACUGUGAGCUGGAGCAUGCGCAGUGCUUUGUGUUAUUGUUCGAAGCAAAUGAACGUCGUCGCAAUGUUUCAUUUUGAGACGAAUGAGACUGAAAACUGGAUCUGUCUUUUUACCUUCACAGAUGCUGCCAGACCUGCUGAGCUUUUCCAGCAACUUUGCUUUUGUUCCUGAUUGACAACAUCCCAGUUCUUUUGUUAUUUUUUAAUAAGUCGCGAUUGAAAAGGCUUCCUGCCGCUCAAAGCUAAAGGUACUCUUGAUACCGCUCUGUCAGCCAAUAGAGAAAUAGCGGUGAAAUAAGGGUAAUAAAUACAGGUCUAGCAGUCCUCAGGUAAGAUGUAAAGGGAAUAAUUAUGAAUAUGAAGAACAUCACGUGGUGAAGUGAGGUGAGUGUUGUUCAUAUGAACUGUGAUUGGGCAGAGAGGGAGGUUAAUCAAAAAAGAACAAGCAGAAAAGAGAUUCUCAAGAAAGGUCUGUGCAAUGGAAAGCAACGAGAAUCAGAAGAUAAAAGCCCAACACAAGAAAAAGUUUGAAGACCGCGGCUGCAGAAACUCCAAUAAGUUGUUUCACUGCUCUACUGCCUAGUUAUUGACUUAAGCAGUAUAAUCCACAUUCAACUGUCGGAAAUGUGUUUGAAUUUCCACAUUGCUGUUUGUCCUUCCACUUGAGGAGGAGCAUUUGGAAUGGCAGGAAGCAGCUGACAUCAGUGAUGUUUGGCUGGAAGUACAAGGUGAAGCAGGAAAACUGUAGGUGAGCAAUGGGGGAGGAGCACAAACCCAGGGCAUCCAUCAAAUACUUCCAUUUGUUGCUGUAAAUAGGUUCUAGUUUUGGAGUCUGGAAUGGGACAGUAGAGCCAAGUGAGUGACGUUCUGCUUUCUGGGGGUUGCUCUCUCCGAAAGCCUCUGGCACUCUCGGUGGAAGGUGUCCUUGUUAGUUUCCUUCUGUGGGUGAAAAUGAGGUUCACUUCCCCGAGGGGGCAUGAGCACAGUCUUCCCACCUCAAACUUCAGUUUUGCUUGUUGGUUCCUCAAAGUGUUGACCCAGAAACCCGCACAGCACACACUUCAUUGGGGAGACAAUGGCCUGAGGUUGUUAUCACUGGACACUUAAUCCAGAGACCCAGAUACUAUGUUGGGGACUUGUGUUUGAAUCCAGUUGCAGCAGACGGCGGAAUUUGAAUUCAAUACAAACCUGGAAUUAAGCGUCUAAUGAUGAGCAUGAAUCCGUUAUCCUUUAAGGGAAGUAAACAGCCAUUCUUGCUUACAUGUAACUCCUGACCCACAGCAAUGUGGUUGACUCUUAACUGCUCUCUGGACAUUUAGGAAUGGGUAAUAAAUGUUAGCCUAGCCAGUGAUGCCCUCAUCCCGUGAAUGAAUUUAAAAAGUACGUCAGGAAUUCCUCCUGUAUGCAAUGAUAACUGAUUUGCUUUGCCCAAUCUUUAUGCCAACUGAAGUCACCUGACUCUUGAAGUCAGUGACCUUUCAUCGUAGUAGAGCUCUCCCUUUCUGCUGGUGUCUUCAAUUUCCUUUUUAGUGCCUUCUGCUAAAAGUACCACGCGAGUUGACUGGGGUGUAUAUACAUCGACCACUGUCAAUUUCUGUCCCUUGAUGUUUCUAAACUGUACCCAGACUCCAUUUCACCAGAACUAAUAUCCAUUGUCAUUACCAUAUUAAUUUUAUUCCGUAACCAGCAAAGCUGACCUACCUCCUCCUUCUUGUCAGUCCUUCCAAGAAACUGAAUACCCCUGGAGCCCAGCUUCAGACAUCGUAGAUAUUUUGGUUUCUGGUUUACCAAAACAUCCUGGAUUCUGGAAAAGUCUGAGUUCAGUAGAAAUUAGCAGUUGUAACACUGCUAUGUAAGAAAGAAGGAGGAGCAAAAAUAAGGAAUAAAGCCAGUUAACAUGAUUUCAAUCAGUUGGGAAAGUGCUUAAUAAUGUCUCUUCAUUAAGUAUGUUUUAGCAAUGCUUUUAAAACAAAAAUCGUAUCAUCUGAUUAAAUCAACGUGGUCAAUCCAGAAGAAGACUUUCCAUGAUGGAGACAGGGCAGUUGCAGGUAAGUUCAAGGUCACCCUGGGGCCAGGCAUGUUUGACAAUUUCAUUCCUUUUUGAUAGUCAAACAAGUGAGGUCGCAAAGAGGAAACCAACAGCUGCAUAGCACUUGGAUUCCCAAGAGGCACUUUGUAGGGUGUCACACUGGUGGCUAAUAGAUAAGGGAAGGGCUCUGGAACUGAAGGUAAUGUAUGAGCAUGAAUAGAGAGUUGGUGAACAUGCAGGACAUAACAGUAAGUGUUGUUGUGACUGUGAUGAGAGGAGUGCAAAGGAUUCGAAGGUCAAUGUAAACGUUGAAUUAACCUCCAGGAUGUUUUUAAUGGACUUUCAGGACAGAUGAGACCAUCCUUCCUCUUGACAGCUGACCAGCCAGUCUGGCCACCAAAUAAAUUAAUAGACGUAUUGGUCACAUGUGGGCAGGCCUCCUGGUGCCUUCACCUCCAUGGGCAAUAUACCAGGAAGGCUGUUCAGGGAAGAUGGUGAAGAUGGGAAACUGCAUCCAUGACAUGAUGCCCACGUUUACAAACAAGCCCUCCCCACAUGACAACCGCGUACACGGAGAUGAAGUGGAAAACAGCAGUGUAAUUAGAACUAACACGAAUUGAAGCGGAGGGAAAGGAGCAAUACCUUCGUGGUAUCACUCUUGGUUGUGAGAAGAGUUUUGAGGUUUGACGAUACUUCACCUUUCUCAUUCCUCAGACUCCAACCCACUUUGAUUCUGAAAGAUUUGACUGUUAUUUCCGGUCAGUCAGCUUGCCGAAGCAGUCAGAUUUCCGUCAUACUACUCUGAAUAAAAAUGGCAUCAGGAGAUGAGCUUCCAUCACAUCUCACUGUCAAUACCUCCAACGUUCAAAUUCUUAACUCUGAGACCUCAAAAAGACUCGUCGAAAAUUUUGUAAUCGCUCUCAUGAACAAGGAGCGUUUCUACAUCUGCACAUUCUUUUCGACAUACCAAGCAUAUACCACUGCUGAAAGUGUGUUGUACAUCCUCCUGGACAAAUAUGGAAGCUUUGACACCUCAGAGGCAGAAGAGAUUCCAGUAAUCGAUUCAGUGAGCACAAACAGCGGAAACAAUGCUAACAUUCCGAGCUGUGAGGAGCUUGAAAAUCCAAUUCCUCUAGAGACAGUUGCUGAGAUCAGAAAGUAAGUAUUGAUCCAAUGUGUGAGGAAAUGAUGCUUUAAUCAGAAUACAACUAUGUGAAGGGCAACCUCUGGAGGCCGCCAUUUUCAGGAACAUUAUUUAGAGACUUUCUCCUGAAACUUAGCAGCAUCUGUGGUGAGAAAGCAGAGUGGGCAUUUUGAGUUGAGGUUCCCAUGUUCAGAACUUCGCAUCUCUGAAGACGUGUCGCUUGGCUCAACUUGAACUCUGUUUUCUGUCUGUAGAUGCUGCAAAACCUGUUGAGUUUCUCCAGCAAUGCCUGCUUUUCUUUCAGCUUGUCGGCUUCUGUAGUUUGUUCUUUUACAUUAAAGAAACAGUUGGCUGUUGUUCUAAUAUUUGCUCUGUUCUUAGUGUUGUAAAAAGAAAUUUUAGAUGGAAGAUUGUGGUUCAUGCUGCAGGCCUUCUGCUGGAACUGCAACCUGGAGGCCUUGGCCGAUUCCAGCGGUGACCAACAAAGAGAUCAUUGCCGGGUUACUCACCAGUUGACGGUUUGGCUCAGUUUUGACAGCUGCUAGUCCAGUGAAAGGGAUGGCAGAUCAGCACCUUUCUCAGCCCUACUGUUAAUGCUGAUUGUCACUGAGGUUGUGUAAGUGGGCACCAUCAGGAAAGUGAGGGAGGCAGUCCUUAGAUGUCAGGGAGAGCCCAGGUGAAAAAGAGAACUGGCCCAUGUCACAUAGCUUUGCAAUGUGUAGGUGGUAAACUCCCUCCCUGCCAUUUUCCUAAUCCUCCCACCUCCAAUUUAAUUGUCAGCGAAUGAUUGGCCAUGCAUUAACACACAGUCUUUAAUGGAAUAUUUCUUUUCCAAACAUUGGACUGUGCACUGCCAGUAAAUAUAUUGAAAAACUUGACUCUCUAACUCUGUUUGCAGUGUUAUUACAUGUCCCACCUCCCCGCAUCGCCCAAAAAAAUCCAGACCAUUGUGCUUUGAGAACUUGUGUGAAAGUUGAAAUCCCUUCUUCCUUGCAACUCCCCCAGCUCCUCUUCCAGACUCAACUCCUGUCACUUGCAAACCACCUGUUAGAGCUUGGAAGGGAAAAACAAAUCUUGAUCUAUUGUAGUUACAUACAUCAGAAAUGUUGCCUGUUUAACAAAUCCAGUUGAAUAGGACUUGACAACUUGAGAGGGCUUGUCAUCUGAAGAGUGGUUGAGGGUUUUGGUUCAGUUUAGGAUGGAGUUUAGAAGGAUGGGAGGGAAUUUUAUUGGCACUUACAGAAUACUGAGAGGCCUGGAAGGAUUGUACAUGGAACAGAGAAGAUGUUUCCACUAGGAGGAGAGAUUAGGACAUGCGGGCACAGUCGCGGAGUGAAGAGGCCAACCUUUAGAACUAAGGUAAGAAAGAAUUUCUUCAGACAGGGAGUGGUUAAUCUGAGGAAAACAUUGCAGGAAGCCGACGUCAUUCGGACUGUUUAAGAUAGAGAGAGAGAUGGGUUCUUGAUUAAUAAGGGGAUCAAGGGUUUCAGAAGAAGGCUGGCGAUUGGGCUUCAGAAACAUCACAGCCAGAAUUGAAUGGCAAAGCAGACUGAGGAGGUCGAAUGAGCUAAUUCUGCCCCUAUAUCUUAUGGUCUUAUGGAUUUGACACUAAAUAUUUCAUUGGUUCUUUUGUGAUGAAGCCACUUCUGGGUGCAAGUGUUUUUUUAAAAUGUCUUUAGUUUUUGCCUUAUAUAGUCAGGAAGGCAAAUGCAAUGUUGGCAUUUAUUGUGAAAAGAUAUGAAUCUAAAAACAGGGCUGUACCUCUGAGGCUUUAUAAGGCUCUGGUCUGGCCGUACUUGGAGUACUGCGUGCAGACUUGGGCCCAUAUCUCAGGAAGGAUGUACUGUCCCUGGAACGUGUUCAGAGGAGGUUCACGAGAAUGGUCCAGGGAAUUGAAACCUUAAAAUAUGAGGAACGGUUGAUGACUCUGAGACUCUACUCAUUUGGGGUUUAGAAGGAUGAGGGGUGAUCUAAUUGAAACUUUCAGAACACUGAAUGGCCUCGACAGAAUGGUUGUUGGGAAGAUGCUUCCAUCGGUAGGAGAGACGAGGCCCCGAGGGCACAGCCUUAGAAUGAAGACAAGACCUUUUAAAUUGGAGAUUUGCAGAAACUUCUUCAGCCAGAGAGUUUUAAGUCUGUGAAAUUCACUGCCACAGAAUGCUGUGGAGGCCAGGAAAUUUAAAACUGAGACAGAUAGGUGCCUGAUUAUCAAGGGGAUCAAGGGCUAUGGGGAGAAAGCAGGAGAAUGGGGUUGAGGAACUUAUCAGCCAUGACGAAAUGGCAGAACAGACUCAAUGGGCCGAAUGGCCUAAUUUCUGCACCUAUGUCUUACGGUUUUGUGGUCUUAAAUAAUUGCAGGUCUAAAACCUUUGACAGCCCAAACUCUGAGAAAGAUGAAGAACCAAGUUCACCAAAAGAGACAGCAACAAUUUCAAAUUCUGGAAAUGUUGACAGUGCAAAUGGUGAGGAAAAUGGAAGUUGUGUUUCUUCAGGAUCCAGCGAAAUAAUUGCUGAAUAUGGAAGCUUUGACACCUCAGAGGCAGAAGAGAUUCCAGUAAUCGAUUCAGUGAACACAAACAUCGGGAACAAUGAUAACAUUCUGAGCUGUGAGGAGCUUGAAAAUCCAAUUCCUCCAAAGACAGUUGCUGAGAUCAGAAAGUCUAAAACCUUUGACAGCCCAAACUCUGAGAAAGAUGAAGAACGAAGUUCACCAAAAGCGACUGCAGACAUUUCAAAUUCUGGAAAUGUUGACAGUGCAAAUGGUGAGGAAAAUGGAAGUUGUGUUUCUUCAGGAUCCAGCGAAAUAAUUGCUGAAUAUGGAAGCUUUGACACCUCAGAGGCAGAAGAGAUUCCAGUAAUCGAUUCAGUGAACACAAACAUCGGGAACAAUGAUAACAUUCUGAGCUGUGAGGAGCUUGAAAAUCCAAUUCCUCCAAAGACAGUUGCUGAGAUCAGAAAGUCUAAAACCUUUGACAGCCCAAACUCUGAGAAAGAUGAAGAACGAAGUUCACCAAAAGCGACUGCAGACAUUUCAAAUUCUGGAAAUGUUGACAGUGCAAAUGGUGAGGAAAAUGGAAGUUGUGUUUCUUCAGGAUCCAGCGAAAUAAUUGCUGAAAAAGAGGAAGGAACAAUCCAGAAUAAUUUUGAUUUGGAGGAGGUCCAACUUCAAAAGGAGCAAGAAGGCGUUUGCAGCAACUGUGAAAGUGUUGAGUCCAAACACUGUCCGAAUUCUGAUGAAAUUCAGAAUUUAAGUUCACCGGAGAAGGGAGCGACAGUCAAGAAAAGCAUAGACUUCAACAGAUCAAGCUUUCUAGAAGAAUAUAAUUUCAGUCCUGCAGAAAAGGAAACACUAAUGAAAAUUGCUAUUCCUGAAAUUCUCGAAAUCUGGCUGGAGGAGUCUGCCGAAGACUUUCGUCAAGUUCCAACUUACUCUUGUCUCCGGAAGGUACUUUCCUACUUGAACCAAACAGUGCCAGGGUCAGAUGCUGAACAUCGGGCCCAGAAACUCCUGAGUCGGUUUUUGGCGGAGGAAACAGCGGAGAAAGAGAUGUUCAAAGGCUACCGUAGAAGAGUCAGAUUCUAUGUGGGAGAAGAACACGACCAAACCAUCGAACAAGUUGACGAAAAGCUCCUGUCCUACCCAUCACGCUUCAUUGCAGAGCAGCUGACUUUUAUGGAUGCUGAUCUUUUUCGGAAACUUGUGCCCAGCCAAUGUUUAGGGUCCAUCUGGUCUCAACGAGGGAAGGAAGAAAAACAGCAUCUGGUAUCAACCGUCCAGGCCACCAUGACACAGUUCAAUAAUGUUACAAAAUGUGUCACCAGCACCAUAUUAAGACCUCAACAGUUGAAACCAUGGCAGACGGCUAAAAUCAUUGAGAAAUGGAUUGAUGUUGCCCAGGAAUGUAGGACUUUGCAGAAUUUCUCGUCAGCGCAUGCAAUUAUCACGGCAUUGCAAUCGAAUAGUGUGUUCAAUUUGAAGAAGACUUGGGCAGCCGUGUCAAAGAGCAGUAAGACAACAUUUGAAGACCUUUCAAACAAUGAAGAAGAUAACUUUGUAGCAAGUAGAGAGCUGCUAAUGGAGGAUAUCGUUCAGGGAAUUGUGCCGUACCUGGGAACUUUCUUAACAGAAUUUUCAGCGCUGGAUUCGGCUUUCCCGAAUUACCAUUCAAAUGGCUUGAUCAACUUUGACAAGAGACAAAAAGAAUAUGAAAUAAUUUUGGGUAUCAAAUCCCUGCAGUUUGCUUGCUCAUCUUACACCCUUCGUCCAAACGAGAAUUUUCUAGACUUGUUCUUUAUGCAACAAUACUUAAGUGAGGAUAGCGAGUACGUAACUGGUAUUGUAGGAGUGUGCAGCUCCUCUGAACUCGAGAAACCGCCAAAGCUCAAAAAGAGUGUGUUUAAACGCCUCAGCUGCCUGUUUUCAAAGAGAGGUGUUAAAAUACACAACACUCAAACUAAAAGCUCUGAGCAGCGAGCAUCCCUUCAGAAUGAGGAUUCAGACGACAGCAUUACCGCAGCCAGCAUUUUAUCCGAUUCCAGCCACUUGGAAAUGGAAGAGCCGAGCACUUCGCAAAAAGCGCCGGAAAAGUCAUUAAAAUCCGUGGAUCCUGCCUCCUCUGGAGGUUUAUCCAACAGUGGUGCAUCAGCAAAACCAAAUUAUGACACAGCCAAGUCUGGGAGGCGUGCAGGUUUGGGCAGCUGCUGGUGUGCAACACGUCGGAGGGACAACCGCCAGAAUGAGAAAAGCUGCCUCAUCCGAGUCCGAUUAGAGGAGGACAGAGCACAACAAUUCAAAAUGAUUUUGGUGACUAAUCAAGAUCGUGUAUCUGAAGUUCUCAACAAAGCCAUCACCGCGCUCAAAUUUGAACCCGAGCGUCCUCAGCAAUUUGCUCUAGCACAGAUCAUUGAAUCAAAUAAAGUGCUCAUACUUCCGGCCGAUGCCAUCCUGUAUUAUGCAAUGAACAAGGAAGUGAGUCACGACUUCAUCCUGAGAUUCACUGAAAGAAGAUCUUCAUGUCUAUGCAAGUUUUAGCUGCAAUGUUCGAGCCUCCUUCCCAAUGUGAAUCAAUGAGCUCUGGUGAGGAAGGGCGUUAGAGAGCUCACCGCCCUGAUUUUUGAGAGGUCGUAUGUAUUUUAUUUCCUUCUCCUCCUGUAAAUCGCUUGGUGCUCGACAUAGGAUUCACUAAUUAGACAUUUACACAUAACCACUUUAAAAUUAAAAUGGUUCAACAUCGAGGCUAUGCCAACAAUACCAGCCACAGAUAGAAGAGAAAAUCAUCUGAGUUCUUUGUCUAAGUUUGUUUCUAAAAAUAGUGUUCAA